GCACUUGUUGCGGGCCGGCGGCCGGGCAUGCCCCGGGGCUAGCGGGGACGAGGGGCGCCGGUGGGACCGGCCGCCGCCAUCGCCAUGGGGCGGUACUCGGGGAAGACGUGCCGCCUCAUCUUCAUGCUGGUGCUCACCGUCGGGUUCUUCGUGGCCGAGCUGGUGUCGGGCUACCUGGGCAACUCCAUCGCGCUGGUGUCCGACUCCUUCAACAUGCUCUCGGACCUCAUCUCCCUCUGCGUGGGCCUCUCCACGGGGCGCAUCGCCCGCCGCAGCCGCCGGGGCCCCCGGGCCACCUACGGCUACAGCCGCGCCGAGGCGGUGGGGGCCCUCAGCAACGCCGUCUUCCUCACCGCCCUCUGCUUCGUCGUCUUCGUGGAGGCCAUCCUCCGCCUCGCCCGGCCCGAGCCCAUCGACGAUGCCCAGCUGGUGCUCAUCGUUGGCACCCUCGGCCUCGCCGUCAACCUCGUGGGGCUCCUCGUCUUCCAGGACUGGGGGGCCUGCUGCCACCGCCGCCGUCGCCGCCACCCACCCGCCGUGCUGCAGGACGUGCCCGGCGGAGCCCCGACGGGGCGGGUGGACGAAGCAGGUGAUUCGCCAAAUGACCAAAAAAGCCCUGAAGAGGGGCCUGAGAAGAGAAAAGAGAAAAAGUCUGAAGCCUUGAAUAUCAGAGGUGUUCUUUUGCAUGUUAUGGGAGAUGCACUGGGAUCUGUGGUGGUGGUAGUUGCUGCUACAAUCUUCCAUGUACUUCCUCUGGGGAAUGCUCCAUGUAAUUGGCAGUGCUACAUCGAUCCAAGCCUGACAAUAAUUAUGGUGUUCAUCAUCUUGUCUUCUGCGUUCCCACUUAUCAAGGAGACUUCAAUUAUUUUGUUGCAGAUGGUUCCCAAAGGUGUUAAUAUGCAACUACUCACUGACAGACUAGCUCGUGUGCCAGGGGUUAGCAGCCUUCAUGAGGUGCAUGUUUGGGAGCUUGCAGGUGGGAAGAAUAUUGCUACUCUUCAUAUCAAGUGCCAAACCCCUACUGAUUACCAAGAUGCUGCUUAUAAAAUACGGAAGGUUUUCCACGAAGCAGGGAUCCAUUCUGUGACCAUCCAGCCUGAGUACAUUGACCACAAGACCUCUCAGCUACUGUGCAGCUCACCCUGCAUCUCAAAAGCUUGUGACUCUCAGCUGUGCUGCAGUCAGCGGGAGCCCCCCCUGGCUAAAACUAAUGGCUAUACUGAGAAAAACGAUAGUUGCCUUUCUGCACUGCAUAAAGACAAUGGUUCCAGUAAAAAUGAUGUUGAAAUCCCUAUUGAGCACCCACUGGCAGAGAAUAGCGUUAAAAACGUGAAAAAUCGUGACGUGUCUGAUGACAAAUCACAGUUGAGCAGUACACGACUUUAGGCAAUUCCCUCUACUCUGCAUAGUGUUUUCAUAGAACAAACAUAUCCUGGCUGGGAAGGGGGUCAUCAGUGGUUGUAGCUGAAGUUGGUGUGUCAAAAAGAUUUCUAUGCUUUAGCUGUAAACCAAAAUACACCUAAACCCCCCUUGUAUCUGAAAUAAGGAUUAGUAUUUCCACAAAGGGUAUUGCGUUCAUCUAAGAUUUUUGUGAUACAGCCUAACCCAGUUCCUUACCAAACUACGUGUGAAUUUCUGCCGUUAGAGUGGAUGGGGUGUGUUGCUGUCUGCACUGAUGCUUGCAGUUAAUGGCCAGUGGCACUGGGAAUGAAACUCUGGCCUUUUCUGCUGCAGCAAGCUGUUUCAUGAAAGCCCUGUGGCCAGUUAAUGAUUGUACUGGGCUGAAGUACUGUAUAUUUAUAAAGGGCUUCAGUAGAGGUGCUUUACUGAUCCUUAAACCCCAUUUUUGCAUAGACAGUUCAUGUUUAACAGUAAUGUUUGUGCUUCUGGCCAGUGGGGUUUGUGCAUGAAAUUAUGAGUGUCUGAGGGGGAGGGGAAGCACUCAGGAAUUUUGGCUUGCAUUGGUUCUUUGAUUGACUCCUGUAUUUAGGGACACAGCAGAAGCUGGUUUUCCUUCUCUACUCGUAAUGCUGGAGUCCUAGCUUAAUCAUGGAUAAGUAUGCUGAAGAAUAGACUUCUUGUCAUGAAAGCAAAGAAAUAGCACUAACAUUGUCUGUACUGAUUCUAGCAAAUGGAAAUGCAAGCAAUCAUCCAAGUAACUUUUCUCCUGUUCACCGCUGUGAUUGUAUAAUUUAGUCUUUUUUAUUUUUAUUUUUCCUCUUGACAACAGAACUUAAAAUAGCCACAGUCUUAAUUCAUCAUUGUGCAGGAUGAUUACAGUGUCUUUAACACUGUCAUUAUUCAUGCUGAAUAAAUAAGCUAAUGUGUUUAUUAUGAACAGUUAAAAUCCUGCAAUUCUAUUAUUAAGACAUAAUUCAAUAUCGUAUUAAUUAAGAAAGUCCCUUUAAAGUUUUAUAUGCAGUAUUAUCACUUGGAGCUUUAAAAAAAAUUACAGGGAAUUUUUCCUGGUUGAUUCUCAGUUAUUUCGUGUUGGUUUAUUUCAAAGGUCUAAGCCCUUGCCUUUGCCCUGCCCCUCCUUCCCCUGCCCAGAGGUGUAUUUCAAACUCUAUUUAGUGAAGCAGUUCCAUUAUCUUUUUGCUGCUUGCUCUUUUUAAAGGUGUGCAAGGGUGCUCUAAGGAAAACAAGAUGAUGUGCCCUGUCACCAGUGCUGGAUUUAGGUCAGGUGUGUUCUCCAGGUUUCUGGGAGAGGAGACCCACUACCUGAUCCCCACUGAGGGUAGUCCUUAGCCUCACUGGCUAUGCAGAUCAGAUCCAGAAGCUUUCAAGUACAUACUGUUGUCAAAAGCAGCUUUUCAGUGGUCUGUGUGGCCUGGGCAGGCUGUUUUAUUCAUUUAUUUAUGGGGACACCUUUAUAAAAUAGUGGUGUCUACCUCAGUGACACCUUAACAGAAAGGGCAAAUUGAUUUCCUGCCUGGGCUGGGAAAAUACCAGGACCUCCCUGUAAGGCUGGUUUGAAAGCAGCCAACACCUUAUUAAUAAGGACGAUUACAUUAAGUCAAUGAAUAUUAAAACACACAGCAGGAUAUUUUGCUGCUUGGAAAGUAUAUUUACUGAAGCAGUGAUUGCAGUCUAAAUAGCACAUUUCUAGAUUUGUAGUUACCUCUUUUGAACAGAUUCUUGGGUGAAUUAAUAUAUUUGAUAGCCUUCCAUUGUAGGUUUGUAUUAUAUAAAUUAAACUAUGUGUUAGUAUAAUUGAAAGCUUGAUCCUCCAGUCUGUUUGAUUCUGUUGGCAGCAGCAGAGGUGAAAGCAGCAGGAUCUUGCUUGGCAGUUACUGCACGAAUUAAUGUAAAUCAGGAAACAUUUUAAGAAUUGCUCUUUUAAAAGCGUGUGGCAGAAAGUAAGAUGGCCCUUUCUUCUGGUUUGCUUUUUUUUUUUUUUUUGUCCUUAUUUUCAUCUAUGAUGAUGUUUAAGUGUUGAGGUUUAGAUGUAAAUAACAAAUAUAUUUGUAGGUUUUUUGAGAACUGGAGUAGAAGGCUCCCAAAAUAACAAAGCCUAUGGGAGAACUUGCUUUCCAGAUACCCUCUAAAACAAGCGCUCUUUCAUAAUUAUGCAUUUGUGUCUUAAAUCAGGUAAUUUUUUUAUAUAUACACUUUAUUAAAUGGUUGAAAGGUGGAAUGGCAGUAUUGUUUACUCUGGAAUUAGGGAAGAGUAUGUGUAAUGCUAGGGCAUUUGACAAAAUGGACCAUCUUUAUCCUUCCAGUGUUUGUUAAAACUGUGGUUUUCAAUUUUGUAAGCUUUUAAAAGUGUUGUAACCUGAAAAUACAUUGAAGUAACAUUCUUAAA